GCUGCUGAAGGAGAGGAAGUAAUUUACGGCAUUUGCUAAAACCACUUAAAUAAAAAGCAACAAUAUGGCUAUGUUAGCUAAAACACUUGGACGCACAUUGAUGCAAGGUCUACAAACUUCUGCUGCUCGUUCUAUUCAUACUACAGCUGCUGUCAAUACUGAUCCUGGUGUACAUGGUGGUAACCGCACUACCUGCACUCUUAUUCCUGGUGAUGGUGUUGGUCCCGAAUUAGUUUAUGCCUUGCAAGAGGUUUUCAAGGGUGCUGAUGUCCCCGUCGAUUUUGAAUCUUAUUUCCUCUCCGAAGUCAAUCCAGUUUUGAGUGCUAAAUUGGAAGAUGUUGUGGCUUCCAUUCAAAAGAACAAAGUUUGCAUUAAGGGUAUCAUAGACACUCCUGACUACAGCGUUACUGGUGAAUUGCAAACCCUCAACAUGAAACUACGUAACGAAUUGGAUUUGUAUGCCAACGUUGUGCAUGUACGCAGUUUGCCCGGUGUCAACACACGCCAUAAGGAUAUCGAUACCGUUAUUAUUCGUGAACAAACCGAAGGUGAAUAUUCGGCCUUGGAACAUGAAUCGGUGCCCGGUAUUGUUGAGUGCCUUAAGAUUAUCACUGCCAAAAAAUCCAUGCGUAUUGCCAAGUUUGCAUUUGAUUAUGCCACCAAGAAUGACCGCAAGAAGGUUACUGCCGUGCACAAAGCCAACAUCAUGAAAUUGGGUGAUGGUUUGUUCUUGAAAUGCUGCGAAGAAAUGUCUAAAUUGUAUCCACGCAUAGAAUUCGAGAAAAUGAUUGUCGAUAAUACCACCAUGCAAAUGGUGUCACAUCCACAUCAAUUUGAUGUUAUGGUUACUCCCAAUUUGUAUGGUAACAUUAUUGAUAACUUGGCUACCGGUUUGGUUGGUGGUGCUGGUGUUGUAGCUGGUGCUUCGUACUCAUCCGAAACUGUGGUCUUUGAACCUGGUGCACGUCACACUUUCGCCGAAGCUGUAGGCAAAAAUAUUGCCAAUCCCACCGCCAUGAUCUUGUGCGGCACCAAAAUGCUGCGUCAUAUUAAUUUGCCUUCCUACAGUGAGAGGAUUCAUAAUUCUCUUCACCGUGUACUUAAGGAUGGCAAAGUAAAAACCAAGGACGUGGGUGGUCAAUCAACAACUCAAGAUUUUACACGUGCCGUUAUUGCCAACAUUCAAUAAAUAGCGUACUCCUACAACAGACAAUAAAGUUCCGUACGUUGCUUUGGUUUACUUACUUUCCUUUAAACAGACAGACAAACACUCACACAACACCAAAUAUUAAGUUAUAUAAAGAAAUGCAAAUACAAAUGGCCAUGUAUAAGUUAAACUCUUUAGAAUGCUAUUUGUUUUAAAGUUUUAUUUGAUGAUGAUUAUUAAUUUAAUUAAUUUAAAAUCCCUUUGAGUAUUAAUUUGGCGAAUAUUUUAUUUAAUUCAUUUAUUUCUUUAUUAAGUUUAGUCAAUUGUAUUCUCUUGUCCCAUGCCCUCCUUUAAGUAUCCCAUGAAAUGUAUUGUUUAUUUUUAGUUUUCUUUUUUUGGACGCCCCUUACUUUUACUCGCCUUCUUACGGUAGUUGUGCGAUUUUAUUUAUUUUUUAAUAGAGAACAAUUUAUUAAAGUGCGUUAUUUUAUUCAAUACAUACAAUAUUUUAAUUAUUUAAAACGCACAAUCGUCUCAAAUUGUAUGCAAACUCUAUAAUAUCGUAAAACAGAUGAAAUGUAAUAUGUUACAACACAAAAAUAAAAACAAUCUAUAACAUACAACAUAAUUAUUGAAAUAAAGUUAAAA